UAAAUAUUUACAAAUACCAGGAAUGAUAUUUUUUGGUACUUUAAACGUCUACAGCAGCUGUCAUAUUGCUACAUUCACAUUGUUUUCUUUAUGUAGAAAUAUGUUGUUAUGUUUCCUUGCGUCAUUUGCCUUGCCUUUGUUUCUAUUUAGCGUCUUUUUACAUCCCUGACACAGAAUUUUCGAAAAACAGCCAUUUUUCGAACAUUGUUCUCAUAAUAAAUUUCGUCUGAAACAGCAUCAUUUUAUUUGCGACAAUCAAAGUUUUUCAUAAAGAAAUUCGUGAACAAUUUUUUAUAUAAUUAAUUGCUGUUUAUGUUUACGUGUUACUGUGGAAAAUAGGAAAACAAAUUAUAAACACCGAUGGAAUAUUUUGCUUGAACAUGGAAAUUUUGCCUACCACACAUAGUUUUCCUCGUUUUCACUAAUUUUUGGUGUCUCCCCGGUAUCUUCGUUAUCUUUCCGCAGAAGAUCACUGGCAAUAUUUGUAGACAAAUGAAGGAUUUCUUGAUAGUCGACCAAAGUCUGAUAUAUAAACCAAACGUAAGGAGAAGCGUCAUGGAUUCUGAAGAGUCUCGACCGGGAUCGUCUGCUUCAAAUUCAUCUUCGAACUACUCGCAAAAGUCAGGGCAAUCUUCCCCCAUUAAUGAUGGAGGGGAUUAUGGUCCUAAGAGCCCCAUAAUAAACUCUACUGCUAGCCCAUUGAGCAGCACAGAGGGACGGCAUUCCCGACGGUCGGUUUCAGCGGGUUCAGUUCGAUCCCGAUCCAAAUCUGAAUCUGAUUCAUCUUCAUCAUCAUCAUCGAGCGACAAUGACGACGACGACGAAGCCAAGUCCGCCAUUAGCGAUGGACUUGCAAAAAGGGGUUCAGCAUCUAUUAGCAGUGGAAGCGAAAGAGGCAAUAUGAAGGAGAGACACACACUAACAUCACCGGGCGCCAAAUCACCGUACAGCUCAAGAGAUUCUCACUCAUCUUCUAAUCGAAGUCGAAGUAACAGCAUAGAACAACCGCAAAUCACGGAAGGACUACACAUGAGCCAUGAGGAUUUAAGUGACGUUAGCGACUUGGAAAGUGAAAAACGCAACAAUAGCAAGCAAUCAAUAGAUGAUGACGGUUCCGGUGAUAUUAUGCAAAAAACGAAUGAUCGUGAGAAUGAGCAACAAAUAUUGAAUUCCCCUGUAGAGGAUACUGUUCCUGGGAAUAUUCCCAUAGCGGAUCUACGACAAAAGCUGGAGCAAAGAAAAAAUCAACUGAAAGAUUUGGAUGAAAAUUGUGAAAAUGAAGAGAACGGGACAAACGCUAAUGGUGAAGUUGGAGAAUCUUUGGAAGAUUUAGUUAAAACGCAUGACGAAGACGCGCUUGAUUUCGAAGCGGAAGAGGGUGAAUGCCAAGACGGAAAUAAGGAGGAGGCCGAGAAACAUGUCCCAAAUAAAGAUGGCGAUGUGGAGAGAACGCAAACGACGAACAAUACUCAGAAGAAUUCUGAACUUGAAGAAGGAGAAGAGUUGGAAGAAGGUGAAGUUUCGGAUGAGGACGAGAAGCGACCCGAAGAAACUGAACCAAAACCCGUAUGUCGAUUUUAUACGCGCGGACAAUGUACCUGGGGUAUGAGUUGCCGUUUUUUGCACCCAGGUGUAACUGAUAAAGGAAAUUAUACCAUGUUCGAUUUGGUUAGACCUAUUCCAUUGCCACCCGGCAAUGCCGCAGCAAUGGCGCCAAGAUCCUCUGGUUAUCCUCAUCAUGGUACAGAUUAUCAUGACUAUCGUCCUGAGCGUCCUCCUAUACAUCACCGCCCCGUAACUGUUCAUCAUCCGGCGGCUGUUUACGUUCCACAUCAUGAAACGAGACCGCUAAAUGUUGAUAGUCCGGUUGUAGUAGAAAGUGCAUGGGAACGAGGUUUGCGUACUGCUAAAGAAAUGAUGCGUAAGGCCAGCAAGCGAAAGGAACAGGACAUGGACUUUGAAGAUAAAAAAAUGAAUCUUACUCUUUCCCCAGACGAAUUGGAAAAGGAUCCUUAUUAUUUGAAAGAACGAAUGUCUCCUGCAGACAAUGUGCGGCAUGCGAUGUAUCAAGAAGCACCUAAUGCGAUGUACAGCCCACCAGACCGCUAUGGACGUAUUCACCCCGCCGUAUCCCAUUAUGACGAAGUAGACCCAUACGGACGUUCAAGUCGUUACAGAGAACUUCCAGCUCACCGAAUGCCACAAUAUGAGGACGAAAGACGGGUGCGACCAACUCGGGAAGUAAUCGUUCAACGUGUAGAACUAGCAGGUCGUGGAGAUGAGUGGAGUGAUCCUUGGAUGCGCUCGAAAUCACCAGGCGGGAGAGGCGGAUCUCGAGAUCGGGGAGAAAAAAGACGUCGUGAUAAACGCAGCUAUAGUAGCAACUCGUCGUAUUCUAGCUCAACUAGUACUCAGUCAGACUCAAGCUCUGAAUCGAGCCGCUCGAUAAGUCCACCAGAUCAUCAUAGGCGACGUUACAAUAGUGGAUCUCACAAAUCUCCAACCCUCACACGCCGUCAUGGUACAAGAAGUGGAAGAUCACCUAUUUCGCCCCCAAGGAGAUCUCGGCGUUCAUUAACACCAUGUGAAACAGAUAAAAUGGAAUCGUUGGGCAAUAUUAUUAUUGAUAAAAAGCAAAUAUUGCAAAAAGGUCCUCGUAUAUCUCCAAUUUCAAGGCGAAGAGCGAAUGUGACACCAUCUCCAAUUUAUAAUAAAACGUACAGUCCCAUGCAUAAGCGCAAGCGAAAUUCUCCAGUGUUAAAGAAAUCAAUAAAUGAUAAACUAAAAGGAAAACGUCGCCACACUUCCAGUUCAUCUGAUACAGUAUCAUCGGACACGAGUGCAUCUGAUUCGGAUUCCGAUUCGGGAUCGACAUCUUCGGAAAGCACAUCGCGAUCACGAGAUCACACUCCUCCUAAACGCUCAAGAGUUCAGGAAAAGUUUGUUAGUGACCGUAAAAGCGCUAAAAAAAUUGAUCCCCCGAAGAAAAGAUCUCCUAUUUCCAUUGAAAUUAAAAAGCCCGCGACUGUGGGGGUCUCAGCUCUUUCGGCAUCCUCACCCACACAUUCAUCUUUGGCCGAGAAGGAGUCGAAGAAAUCGCGACGAGAAGAGCUUUUGAAGCAGUUGCGUGCAGUCGAAGAUGCCAUUGCAAAGAAACGAUCAAAGUUGGUUUAGAGAGAAUCCACAGAAUAAAAUUUGACUUGCUCGAAUUGAAAGGAGGGGAAAAGAGGGAUUCAUCUUUUUGUGAACAUUAAUUAAUAAAACCAAUUAAAGUUUCACUAACAAAACUAUUUAAUAAAUAACAAUAUAAGAAU